AUGAACUGGACAUUGGACUACUUGAUGGGAAAGAUACCUUUUGAGUGGGUUGACUACUACCCGAACAACAUGCGGGAUGUCAGCAGCAAACCAUACCUGUGGAAGUUUGACAAAGCUGUGCGGGAGUUUCAGAAUCCGAAAGAGUUUAGAACUGGCAAACCGAAGUACAUGCAGAUUCGGCUUGGUCUGCGUGGCUGGAAACGGCUGAAAAAAGACUUCGUCCCGAAACCAUUGCCGGAAGUCUUCUGGGACGAUGACGAAUGGAUCGGGUCGUGCAUGCGACAGGCUAGCAAGGUCGACCAGUCUGCCAUCAAUAACUUCUUUGUUACCAACCAAUGGAAGUUUUUGCUCAUUGGUGAGGAAGGCACGAGCAUGUUCUUCCACAAAGAUGGUACAGCUGCCUCCAGUUGGCAAGUGCAACUUGUUGGGAAGAAGAGGUGGACUUUGUGCCCAAAUUCUGAGUCCCAGCUCCUGCACACAGAGCUGGACACGUACAAUCCUGAUUAUGGCAGGUUUCCGCGUUUUGCGCAGGCCGUUUGCGGACAGGUAACUGUAUCCCCAGGUGAGCUUCUGUAUUACCCAGCGUACUGGUGGCACCAUACUCUUCAGUUGGAGAGCCCGAGCAUAUCCUACACUGGAGCGCUGGUCGGUGUUGAAGCUGAUCGAUCAGAUCUUGGGUCUGACAGGAAACCGCACAUGCGAUUUUAUGCAGAUUUGCAGGAGAAGUGUGCAAGAUGCUGGAAGAAAGGUGUCAGUCAGAGGCAGUGUGAUGACAUAUCGGUGAAAUGGGCAGGGGCGGCGCCGCCUCCGCUUCGAUCUGUAUGUGACGAGUAUCUCCCGAAGUGUUUGGAGCUUUGGUCAGCGCAUGCUCAAGAGCUGCACGGACGAGGCAGAAGAAGUGGGGAGCGCACAGACGAGCUCUGA